AUGGCUGUCAUUCUUUGUUCAUACUGUUUCAGUUCAAUCCGCACAGCCCGACAAAACGCUCAGACUCAAGCCUCUACAGGAUCUAGUCUCCAGCGACCUGUGCCAACUGAGAGAAAAGACGAGUCCUGGGUGCAAAAAGCCCUCGAAGAGAGUCGGGCCCAGAAUGGUAGGAAGGGAAAUUGA